AUGGCAGGUCUCACCGUUCCUGUUUACUUCCAAUAUCUACUACUUGCAUUGUCUGCUACUGUUGCGGUUUCCGCUGCCCCUACUUCCCAGGUUGACUCCCAACCCGAGCCCGGAUACGUCGCCGAGCCGAAUCAAAGAGGAACUCUUACGUUAUUCUGGAACUGCUUCUCUACAUUCAUCCUAUGCGUGUGGACUGCCGUCCAUCCGGAUGUUCUCCCUGUCCAGGGCCCCAGGUCCGCCAAUUUCUACAAGUUCUUUAUGAUGACCUGGGCAAUCGUGAUCCCGGAACUAGUGGUGUGUAUGGCAGUGGAGCAGCUUCUGCGAGCCAGAAAGAUUCGGAACCUCUGGGAGCAAACCUUCGAGGGUGACAGUGAGAAAAAGGAUUGGCUUGGACUGCCUGGCGCAUUCUUUGUGGUGAUGGGAGGCUAUGUCGUAGAGACGGAGAGCUACAACCAUCGCGUCAACUCGGUCCAGCCCAAACUACCCUCGAAAAGUAUUUCCAGUCAUCUCCAGCGGUCGAAACCCAUAACUGAACCAUUCGACUGCCCCCCACCUCUGGUGACAACCGUCGGACCCUUGGGUUUCGAACGCCUGUUGGAGAGUGGGAAAAUUCCAAGACUGAUUCGGGAUGGGACGCUACAAAAACACCAUUUUGACCAAACGGUUAUCGAGGAUAAAGGCAACGCGAAUACUAUCAGUAAGCUCCUUGUCGCGGUCCAGAUCUCCUGGCUGGUCAUUCAGUCAAUCGGUCGAAAACUCUCCGGACUCCCGGUCACCCUCCUUGAGGCCCAUGUGCUCAUCCAGAUCCUAUAUUCGAUCGCUGCAUACUGCUGUUGGUGGGCCAAGCCCUUGGAUAUCAACCGCCCCAUCCCACUGCCGCUUGACAGCGAUGACCUGAUGGGACAUGAUCUCACCCAGCCGACAACAAACCAUGAGCGUGACCUCCCGUUUUUCACAGAAUACUACGAACACAACGGAUGGGUGUAUAUUUUCUUUCGCGCGGCGUACAGUGUCUUGAAAUAUCUUCGACGGCCGAUUGAGUUCUGGGCCUCAAUACUUGCCAUUGUCAACGGUGGUCUUCACCUCUCCGUGUGGAACAACUACUUUCCCACCCCAGCGGAACGCAUCAUCUGGCGCAUAUCCGGGAUUGGGCUGGGGGCGUUCCCCACCAUAGUUUAUUUCGUCAUGUCCUGGAAUGAAGAGUUCGACAGUUUCUUCAUCAAGAUGUGGUACCGUAUGAGAUUUGAGACACGAUCCUGGCUCGGAAUGAUGUUGCGAGGCUGUUCGAUGAUGUGGGAACUGUGCCGUGAGAGCGUGCAUGACAACUCAUCCAACCGGAAGGUUCCCAUCUGGCUUCGGUAUGUCCUCCUGGGCAUCAGCAUUAUCGCGAUGAACUUGUAUGUGGCCUGCAUCCUCUUCCUGACGAUUGAGGCGUUUAUUAGCCUGCGGAGUUUACCAUCGGGAGCUUAUCAACAACCGCGUUGGACGAGUAUAUUUCCACAUGUUUAA